CCGGUUCCAUGUCAAAAAAUAAUCUACUUAUUUUGUUUAUAUAAAUUACUACAUGGUAAUUUACACGUUGAUAAUAACUAGUAAAUGAAUCAUCCGUUUGUAACGGUUUUCUUCCUGGGAAGGAGAGGAGGACCAAAAUGCAGCGUGGUUAUUUAUAAACAUCUUUAAUGAAAGAUGAAAACGUGAACACUAUACAAAAUAAGAAACCGUGGAAAAACCGAAACAGUCCUAACUGGUGCAAAACACAGAGACAGGAACAGCCACCCACAAAAUACCCAAAGAAUGUGGCUGCCUAAAUAUGGUUCCCAAUCAGAGACAACGAUAAACACCUGCCUCUGAUUGAGAACCACUCAAGGCAACCAUAGACUUACCUAGAACACUAAACUGAACACAACCCCAUUAAUCUACAAACACCCCUAGUUAAGUUAAAACAAAACAAAUAAAUCACCCAUGUCACAGCCUGGCCUAACCAAAAUAAUAAAGAGAACACAGAAUACUAAGGCCAGGGCGUGACAGAUGAGGGAAUUGUAAAUAUAAAUUACAUUUGUUUAAGAUCUAUAUGACCUUAUAAUUGCUGGAGACAAAUGUGAAACCAGUUAUAUGGCAGUAAACUGAAGCAUAUCAACAUAUCAACUUUCUCACAGUAAAGUUGAUGAAAUUCUUUGCUAUUAUGCAGAAUUUUAAUUGUAUGGCCUUUUAACUUACAGGAAUGUGCACUCUCGAAUGUCUUAAUUAUAGGCUACUCCGGCUUUCUCUGUUUCCUAUUUCUGUCAUGUUAAAUAUUAGUUACUAUCAGUAUCGACCGUCAGUAGGUGUAAUGACAACACAUUCAACUGCCAAUUCAAUGUUCGUUCCCUUUAGUUGGUAUAGCCUACAUUUUCACUCCAUGCAAUAACAGUUUGAACCCGAACCAUGUUACAAUACUUGGCUGUGUCAUCACACAGUUCCAUGGUUAGUGCAGAAUAUAGACAAGGGUAUAGCUACUAUUGUACACUAUUCUCCCUGUUACUUUCACGAGGGAAGUCUGAAUACCAACUACUGAGAAGUGCUUAAGAAAGGCAUAAUUUCCUAAAGUACUGCAAUAAAUAGGGGAUAGGGUGCCAUUUGGGAUAGGUGCACAAUAACCAGGAGGGCUGAGCCCAGACUUGGCUCUCUGUCGGGAAUUGUCAACAAUCUGCAUUUUAAUAACUUCCUGUCUCUCUUUAAUACCAUCCCAUGGGGCUGGGAGGGCUGGGAGACAGGCGGGGCAGGAUUCUCAGGGAGGCCGGCCAUGUACCCUCCCUCCCCUGGUCCAUUGGCAGACCAGCAGCCUCAGCAGGAGGUAGGGGAGGGAAGAGGAGGGCCCAGACUUGGCUCUCUGUCGGGAAUUGUCAACAAUCUGCAUUUUAAUAACUUCCUGUCUCUCUUUAAUACCAUCCCAUGGGGCUGGGAGGGCUGGGAGACAGGCGGGGCAGGAUUCUCAGGGAGGCCGGCCAUGUACCCUCCCUCCCCUGGUCCAUUGGCAGACCAGCAGCCUCAGCAGGAGGUAGGGGAGGGAAGAGGAGGGCCAUGUGCCAGAGAGCCCCUUUCCUCCCAGCCUCCAGCCAGAUGAUGUGUGUUUCUGUGGAGUGGGACUGUUAGUGAAGGAGCUCUCCGCCUGCCUGUGAACAGAACAGUAUUCAGCAGUAAGUAGCAGGUGCUGUGAGAAGCCUCUCUGUUCCUACUGGACAUCAGGAGCUGCCAGACCUCUCCAGAACCUCUCCAGAACCUCUCCAGCAGCCAGAGAAGAGCUCUUGAGGGUCAACGGAGCGAGGCCAGAGAGGGGCGGGUAAAACCAUGGACCUAUGUGCCUCCACUCUCGAGCUGCUGGGGAUGGUAGUGUACAUGGCAGCCUGGCUGUGUGCUCUGGCCACCACCCUGAUGCCACAGUGGCUGACCCUGUCCACAGACCUCUUGCUCACAGAGAGCUAUGAGCUGGGUCUCUGGGAGACCUGCGUGGUCCAGGACAUGGGGGGGAUGGAGUGUCGACCCUACGACAGCCUGCUGGGCCUGCCUCAGGACAUCAAGGUGGCCCGUAUCUUCAUGUGUAUCUCCCUGGCUGUGGGCCUGCUGGGCCUGCUGCUGGCUAUCCCUGGUCUUCACCUGGUCAACAGCUUCAGCCAGGGGCUGGAGGGCUGCAGGGCCAAGAGGAUUAUGAAGGUGGCAGGAGGGGUACUGGGGAUGGUAGCUGGGGUGCUUUCUCUGGUGCCUGUUUCCUAUGUCGCCCACUUGACGGUAAUGCGUUAUUUUGAUGAGUCGGUGCCGGAGGUGGUGCCGCGCUGGGAGUUUGGUGAUGCCCUGUUCUGCGGCUGGGUGGGGGGGUUCCUCCUGCUGGUGGCUGGAUUACUCCUGUUUGCAUCCUGUCUGGGGCCUCCUCUGGCAGACCAUUCCAGGGGACCCCAGGCAGACUAUUACUGUGCACCCCAGGCUGACCAUUCCAGGGGACCCCAGGCAGACGGAGCACCCCAGGCACAAUUGCAGAAGAGAUACGAGGUCCGGAAUACAGAUCAUUCCUCCAGGAAACCUCCAGAGUAUGUCUGAGGCAAGGGGAAGGGAGAGGAGAGGAGAGGCGAUACGAGGUCCAGAGUAUGGAUCAUUCCUCCAGGAAACCUCGAGAGUAUGUCUGAGGCGAGGGGAUGGGAGGUUUACUGGAGGAAUGAUCCGUACUCCGAACCUCGUAUCUCUUCUCCUCUCUCUGAGGCGAGGGGAGGUGGAAGGAAGGAGAGGGGAGGGGAGAGGUAUUCUAUUCUGGAAGGUUUAUGGAUGAUUCUGCCUCUCUUGAAAAUAGUUAAACAGCCUAAGAACCAGCCCUGGCACUCUGGCUGACUGCUUUUUAUGUCAAACCCAUAGGGAAUACCUGGAGCAACUUUCACAAUACAUUGUUUUUAAGUCAGAUACAGAGGAAAUUGUUUGGAUGUAAACCUGCUACAUCCACACCCCAUCCUCCCCGACUCUAUAAAACCUGCUCCAGCCUCACCCCAUCCUCGCUGACUCUAUAAAACCUGCUCCAGCCUCACUCCACCCUCCCUGACUCUAUAAAACCUGCUCCAGCCUCACUCCAUCCUCCCUGACUCUUUAAAACCUGCUCCAGCCUCACCCCAUCCUCCCUGACUCUUUAAAACCUGCUCCAGCCUCACUCCAUCCUCCCUGACUCUAUAAAACCUGCUCCAGCCUCACUCCAUCCUCCCUGACUCUUUAAAACCUGCUCCAGCCUCACUCCAUCCUCCCUGACUCUAUAAAACCUGCUCCAGCCUCACCACAUCCUCCCUGACGCUAUAAAGCCUGCAUGCAACUCUUUCUGACAAUUUUUUUUAAUAAUGUCAAUUUAAUGUGGAAAUUAAACACUUGAUAUACAGUAAUUGCAAGAAAAAAUAGUUUAUUAUAUAUAAGUAUAUGUUCACUGAAUUUAAGAUGUUUUUGUAAAUAAUAGUUGACAAUUAUAUCAAUCAUAAAUCAAUAAUCUACUGUGAUGAAUUGAUCUGAAUAAAAUUGGUUCCCUCCAACAUGCUGAGGUUGACAUCCAGACUACA